AUGCCUGACGGAGGUUGCUUCUGCGGCAAAUGCCGUAUCACCUAUAGUGGUGAGCCGAAGAUGAAGGCCGUCUGCCACUGCCUCGACUGCCGCAAAAUCUCCGGCAGCACCUACAGCACCAACGUCAUCAUCCCCGAAGACGGCUUCGAGGUCACAUCCGGCACGCCCAAGACCAUCAGCAAGACGGCCGACGGCGGCGAAACCAUCACGUCGUUCUUCUGCGGCGACUGCGGCUCCACCAUGUACCGAGAGAGCGGAAGCUUUCCGGGCUUGAAGAUCGUCAAGGCUGGAGUUUUGGAUGAUGUGGACGCGCUGGCUGAGGCGAAACCGGACGCCGAGCUCUUUGCCAAGACCAGGGUCAAUUGGGUGCAGCCGGUGCCGGGAGCGGACCAGAAGGACACUAUGUCUUAG